UGGAUGGUUAUUGUUACCAUGACAACGCUUGGAUAUGGCGACGUAGUGCCAGUGACUCUUGUUGGUCGGUUUAUUGCAGGAUUAAUGUCAGUUCUCGGUAUAUUUCUUAUGGCCUUGUUGAUUUCGGUUAUACAUGAGACAUUGCAACUGAGUCAAAGUGAGAAGCGAAUAUUGGCUCACCUGGAAAAUGCAGGUAGGGUAAAUGCUAACGCACAGUCAAAUGAAGACAUCGGUGCUGUUUCUAUUUUCUAACUUUUUACAAUAAUGAAUGAAUGAUGGCUCCAGUAUAAGAGAUGCACGGAGUCGGAGCCUGAAUCUAUAAAUAUAUGAUAGUCCAUAGUCUAUCAAGAUAUGAUAGUCCAUAGUCUAUCAAGAUAUGAUAGUCCAUAGUCUAUAAAGAUAUGAUAGUCCAUAGUCUAUCAAGAUAUGAUGGUCCAUAGUCUAUCAAGAUAUGAUAGUCCAUAGUCUAUCAAGAUAUGAUGGUCCAUAGUCUAUCAAGAUAUGAUGGUCCAUAGUCUAUCAAGAUAUGAUAGUCCAUAGUCUAUCAAGAUAUGAUAGUCUAUAAAGAUAUGAUAAUCCAUAGUCUAUCAAGAUAUGAUAGUCUAUAAAGAUAUGAUAAUCCAUAGUCUAUCAAGAUAUGAUGGUCCGGAAACUUAACAAAAGUCAUUGUAUUAUGUUUUUGUUUGAGUUUAUGUUAAUUUGUGCACGGUUAUGGUGAUUGAGCUCAUUGUAUUUUUGUAUAAUGAAGUAAUCGCCCAAUAAGGAUAUAGUUGAGAUGAGACGUAUUCUGAUGUAUUCUAAUAGUAUUUAUUAUAUACACAAGGUCUGGAUAUGAGGUAUUCUGCAAUCUGAUUGGUUCUCUACUAGCAGGAUAUUAGCUCAUAUCCUGCUAGUAGAGAAAAACAAAAUGGCGGCCAAACUGAAUUUACGAUGUUUUGCAAACGAGAAAACGGCAAGUUGUCGCUUUUUAUAGCCUUCACAGGAUUAAAAACACAAUGAAAAAACUCCCACAAAUUGUUUUCAGGUUAGCAAAUAAAUUUUUAAUAUUUGAAAUGGUUAAAAAUAUAUAUUUUUGAAAAAAUAAUCGGCCGAAAGAGCGAAGAUAAAAACAAAAACAAAAUAGAAAAAUAUUGAAAAUAUUCGAAAAGCAAAGUCUGUGAAUUCAGACCUUGUGUAUAUAAUAAAACAGUUAUUCCACUCACUCUCGUCGAAUAUGAGCGAUAGCCGAUUCGGCGCUACGCGCCUCAUCGGCUAUCAGCUCAUAUUCGACUCGAGUUCGUAGAAUAACUGUUAAAUAUUCUGAACAGGUAGGCAAUUUGUCUGAGCAUGCGCGCAGAAAAUCAAUAUGGCGACAUAUAUCAAGAGUGGUUCGAGGAUUUAUCUGGUUUUAAAGCUGAUAAAACAACAUUUUAAUGAACGAAAACUUUGUAAUAUUUCGUGGAAAACAUUAAGCUGUGCAUUCCAAAGGUUUUAAAUAAAAAAUAAGUACUUUUGCUUUAUUUUAUUGCUUUUUAUGCUUUGAAAACAGGCAAGCUCAUAUUUUUUGAAAAAUUUUUAUCUAAUAUUUUACCCAUUAUAUUUUGUUUAAUCUGAACAAAAAUAGAUGGAACACUUGGCUAUAUAAGUUAUAAAGGUAUUGUUAGCUGAUUUGAAAGAUUUCAGUAUUCCAAGUACACAUUUUAACAAAGAAUAAAAUUAAAAUAUAUGCAUAUCAAAAACAAUGGUUUUUAUUAGAACAACACAGAAUAAGUUGUUAUUUUCUAUUUUUACAAAAACAAGUUUGAAAACAGGAUCUAGUCCUCCAGCUUGAUGUCAUAUUCCAUUUAUUUGGAUAUUUGAAUAAAGGAAUGUGAAAUAAUAAUUGAAACUUGUCCAAAAUUUGAUACCAACACUGGAGUGAAUAGAUACUAUCACCUAAAAAUAAAAGAAAACAGAACUUAAAUUUAUCAUAUAAUGCUAUGAAAAAAUCUUAGAUAUUACAAGCAUAUAGUGAACACAACUCUUUAACAAAUUCACUAAAAUAAGUUAAGUUAUGCUACGAUAAGAGCAUGGCAAUGGUAAACAGAUCCAACAUUGAAAUAAGCCCCAUUCGGGACCUCAUAGGGUCCAAAAUAUUGUGUAUGGACAAGAUUUUUUUCAAUUUUCUGUGAUUUACAUAACACUAGUUAUAAUUUAAGGCUCAACCAGUAUUGUUGAAGACAUAUUUUCCUUCUAGAACACCUUUUCAAAAUACUAACCCAAGCAUGUCAAAAAUAGUGUACAUUUACAAGGGCAAUUUCAACCCUUUGGCACAUUUUUCCCAUGAAUGAUUUUAAUUCUAAUAUAAAGACUAUAGAUAAAACUUUGAUUUAAAGCUAGUUUCAAGUGAUGAGCAUACCCUAAAUUUUAAGCUAUACCUCAAAGAAGAUAGGUCAUUUCAACAUAAACAUUGAGAUAUGGGUAUACGGACAGCUCUGUCACACGCGUAGUUUGACAUUAGCAAACCUUCUGAAACAGCCUAGACCUAGGCCUUCUAUUUUUAUUUAUAUUUUUUAAUAUUCAGCGCUUUUUCACAUGAAAAGACUGGGACUAGGUAAUUUGGGGGCGGGGCGGAGGAAGGACACAAGCCUGACUUGCUUCCUCCGCCCCGCCGCCCCGCCCCCAAAUCACCUAGUCCCAGUCUUUUCAUGUGAAAAACCGCUGAAUACUAAAAAAUAUAAAUAAGACUAGAAGGCCUAGGUCUAGGCUGCUUCUGAAACAUUUUAAUGAAAGUAUAAUUCACAAAGUUCACAUUUUCACUUACUUCUUAACAUCUGUUUUAAUCCAACUAGCUCUGUAGGCACCAGCAAAAUUUAGUGUUGAUGUAAAUAUCCAUUUUGUUCAUGUUUCCCCGGUGAAAAUAUAGUCUAUUCCAAAGUUGAUUUCGACGUACUUUAGCUUUUCAGAAACCGUUGGCCUUCCUCAGUGAGAUUAUUAACUGUUUCACAAACAUAUAUGAUAGUAAACAGCUAAAAUAUUCUCCGAAAGUCUAUAUUUUUGCUUUUCGACGCGAAAAUGGAAACUCAAAGAAGAAAUGGGCCGCUAUUUUUGGUCAGCGUCGACAAAUUGCCUACCUGUUUAUAUUCUGAAGAAGCUAGAUCCAACUUCUAAGCUAGAUCUGGAAUCUCUUCCAGAGUUCAAUUCUUAUUUAUAAGAUAUUUACUCUUAGCUUAUCCAUAAGUAAAUUGAAAAUUCACAGAGCAAAUUAAGCAACCAUAUUCAUUCAUUUGAACUAAAUGAAGAUAAAUAAUUAAAACUUGGUCAAGAACGCAGGUGCGUGCAAGUCUAUAGAAAAUCAACGGUUGAACCGCUUUAGCCAAAACUUUCUUGCAGGCUAAAAACUCAAUAUGGUGUUCAUCUCAGCAAUGGAGCCAUAAAAUCAAUUUAUCAUUUACCAGUUUUAAAUAUUUUCUUACUUAUACCCAUUGUAGAUCACAACAGUCGAAGAAAGACGGCAGCAGCCAAGUUGAUCCAGAGUUACUGGAGAUUUUACAGCUAUAUUAAAUCUAACCGUGAACAGUUGGCUUGGAAACGCAUGCGACAGAUUGCUCGUUUAAAGAAGUUAAAAAAUCAUUUGUACACCAAUCUUCAUGAGUGGAGGGAACACAAGAAAAUUAAUUGUAUGAGUAUUUCACGAUCUGCGUGUUAGCAAAAAGUCGUAGAAGUAAAAUUCACAACUGGAUUUGGGGUGGAAAGGGGUUUGAUUUGGAUUUCGAUCCAAAUUAACCGCUGAAAUAUCUAGUUGAUCAUUUUCUUUUGCUUUGCAUUUUGAUCGUAAUUUAUCUUUCAUUUCAUUAUAAUCAUUUGCUCAUAAUUUAUCUGAAUAAAACAUAGUAGUUGUAUGGGUUGUCAGCGGUACAUCCCCUAAUGCAGGAAAUUCUUGAAAAUUGUAAUCAUGGUUUAGUUAAACCAAAUUGCCUUCUUUGAUGCAAUAAUUCACAUUACCAAUUAUUUGGAAGUAUUCUUGAUUUUUGAUCAGCUAACAUCCAACGCGGUGAAGUCGUUAUAUAAACUCAAUGGUUGACUAAAUAAUUAUGCAGUUGUUACAUCAAUGAUGCAAUAUGAGUAAAAAUUAUUGCACUGACGUAAACAGGUAGAAUUCGAAUAACGAUCGAUUAUUGAACGCUAUGAACGUAUGCGGUUAUGCCAUUGAUACGACAAAAUGGCUGCACCUUCGACCGCCUGUAUACUUUAGGAAAGCAAAAUUUAAAAAUCAUUUAAAACCCAUUAUUGGAAAAUUUAUAUAACCCAUUGCUGGAGCAAUUGUAAUAACGAAUGUAAUAAUAAUUGAUGUUUUAGCUGAUCACUGGUACAAAGAGUUCAUAGCUGAUGACAUCGCCAUGAUGGUAACUGACGUUGCUCGAGCCGUAGACAAGAUUCAGUUUACUCUCAAUAGGAUAGGAUAUGGUCAAACUCAUGGCAGAAGACCGCCGCCACAAAUUAAGAAAGAACUCGUAAAGGAAAGCACGAUUUACGAAGAAGAUGAGGUAUGUGAGAAAUGUAAUGCUGAAAUCAGGGCCGUCGCUGGGGGGCGUAUUGGGGGUGCGACACCCUCCGGAAAACAUCUUGUCGGUAAAAUGAAGGAUUUUGUCGGCGAUUUUUACAUUGUUCGUCUAGUCAAAUUUUUUCUUCCCUCCUUCCCACGUCGACGUCAAGGGGAAAGGGAAGGGAAAGGGGAAGAAAGUAAACUAUUGAUUUACCGGUCAGGAUUGGAUAGGAUACGAACUGAAAUAUAUGAGUGAAAAUGAUUAAAAACUAAGAGUUAUAGCUAAAAUAUGGGGUAACUUACGGAAACAACAAGGAAAUACAAAUAAUUUUUAAGUUAAGCUGUGAUCCUCUUCCCCUCUCCGCCAAACAUUUUGGGGAAAUAAUAUUAAUUAGCGGGAAAAAAUUAAAUAAGUCUAGCGCCGUUUGUCGGCAAAUAUAAUAUCCCCUUUCUUAAGCCUCUUCGCGACGGCCCUGGCUGAAAUGUAUGUAUCUGACUGCAGAUUACGCGCGGUGACUUUAUACCUUGGUCUUCUUAGUUAAUGGAUUGCCUUUUAACCUGACAUAGUUCGUCUCAGUUGACAGGUAGGGGGAUUUUAGAGGCUCUUUCGAUGCUCCAUCUAUCAGUCGGUAGUUUAAUCUUCAGACUAACCGCCUUUACCUCUGAGUUCUCAUAGGGGUAUACUUCGGCUUCCUCUCAAAGGGAAUGUUACAUGACAGGACGGGUUAGGAUUCGUUUUGUAAAAAUAGACUCGGGAAGCAAUUGGCUAAACACCCAAUUAGGUAUGUUAACAUUAUUUUAUCUUAUAAUUAUUUUAUUAUAUUCAUGCCAUUUUUUUUUGCAGGUAAAUCACAAACCUAGAAGUGAAUAUCACAGCAAAACUAGAUCACAGUCGGAUCCAAGCUAUUCUUUAACAAACCAUGUCUAUUUCCCUCACCCUGAUAAUACUAGCCGCAAAGGAGAUGAGUCAUUUUCCGAGAAUAUGCUUCGUCACAGUGUGACACACGAGACGAUGCCAAAUAACGAUUUAAGCAAAUAUAAAGUCGAAAAUUCACACAAAGAUAUCGAAUCAAAACUCGAGGCUAUGGAAAACUACUUGGAUGGAUUUUACACCAAAGCUAAGUCUGAUGUACGCAGCAUUAGGAAAUUGGUUCAAGAUGAAAAGAUGGGAACCUGACAGCAAGAACUUAGUUCACAUUUUGGUAUUGCAAAAUAGAGUGUGGAGGCAUGCACAUAUCUGGUGUGUGGAAUGCACGUUGUGUGUAAAAGGCGAAGAGGUGAAUUAUUCGGUACAGCAAAAUCAGCACGUGAAGGUUGGAACUCAACAAGCCACGGAAAAGAAAAAGCGUGGGACGAGAUAAGAAUAUUGUAGGCAGAAAAUGAAGCACUAUUGGGAACACGAUUGGCCAAUUGCCUAUGGAGAUUGUUAACACACUACAUUCACUUUGUAUAAGGACGAUAUUAACAUAAAUCGGUUUGGU